CUGAUUCCUUUCUUUUCUGGAGGGGAUUGGUAUGAUCCUAUGAUUGCUAACUUGGCACAGGAUUCUUAGCUUCACCGAGAGUACCUGCGGAAUCCCGAACCUCCAAGGUUUCUUGUGCUCCUCUCCGUGCAGGGCCCAAUGCGCACGAGCUCUGCAUAGCUGCUAUCGUGCGCAGUUCACAUCGUAAGGUUCGAACGCAUUAAGUUGGAACUGAAUUUGAGUGAAAUUGAAAAUCAGAGGAGGAGGAGAAGAGUGGGAGUAUGGCUGAUCUGUUUGCGUGGCUCAUCUCCUUCUUAAUCCUUAUUGCCUUAAUUGUCCUCGUCAUUUACCAGUUAAUGUGCCUGGCAGACCUAGAAUUUGAUUAUAUAAAUCCUUAUGAUUCCUCAUCUCGAAUAAACAAAGUGGUUUUGCCUGAGUAUAUUACACAAGGUGUCUUAUGUUGCGUCUACCUUGUAACAGGGCAUUGGAUAAUGUCUCUGUUCUGUGCUCCUUACCUCUACUACAAUGUGAGAUUGUACAGACAAGGAAAGCAUCUGGUUGAUGUUACGGAGAUAUUCAACUUGCUCUCUGGGGAAAAGAAGCUACGACUUGCCAAACUCUUUUAUCUAGUUUUUAUCCUCUUCCUCUCCUUAUUUUGGAUGAUAUACACAUCAUUGGAUGACCAUUAUGAAUAAUUGGUGUUUGGUUGCUUGUUUUGUCGAGUUCUUCUUGGAAGUAUCCAAUGUGCGGUUGAUAGCAGCAGCUAAUUACUUCUCAUAUUGUGGACUAACCUGUACUUUAGGCCUGGUUGCUGGCUUGUUUCAAUUGUUGGACAAUAUUGCCUGUGCUAUUUAUGCCUGUUUUAAUACUAAUGCAAAAUCCUGCAUCCAAGCUUCUCUACUCUUCUUGUUACUGUACCAAAAAUACAUAAUGUAACUUUUCCGGAAAAAAAAGCAUAAUGUAAGAGUAAUGCCAUCA